AUGCUCGACCGCGUACUUCAUCUGCUGGCCUCGUCUCCUUUAGUCUUCAAUGCCACGACCAUUGUUGGCUGUCUAGUGCUCUUACGCUUCGCCUUCCGUCUGCUAAGUUCGCUCUACACCUUCUUCGUGCGUCCAGCCAAGAGCCUCAAGGGCUUUGGUCAAUGGGGCGUGGUCACUGGCGCCACUGACGGCAUUGGUAAAGCACUGGCCAUGGAGCUAGCACGCAAGGGAAUGAAUGUGGUGCUCAUGAGCCGCACGCAGAGCCGUCUAGGGGACGCACGUGCUGAGAUCUUGAGCAAAUACCCCAAAGUGCAGGUCGAGAUCUUGGCCGUCGACUUCAACCGCAUUGACGACUCCAGUGUCCGCGAGGAGCUACAGAGGACGUUGGACCAGGUGAAGGACAUUGGCGUGCUCUUUAACAACGUCGGUGUCUCGUACGACUUCCCCGAGUUCUUUGACCAGCUAUCCGGAGACCGUGUCGACAGUCUCAUCAAGCUCAACGUGACUGCCGCCACGGUCAUGACCAAGCUCGUGCUUCCCGGCAUGACCCAGCGCCAACGUGGCGUAAUCGUCAACGUCAGCUCCGGCUCGGGUCGUCUCGUCGUCCCGCUCCUCAGCGAGUACAGUGCAACGAAGAAGUACAUUGAGCAAUUCACGCUCUGUCUUGGAGCUGAAUACAGUGCCAAGAACGUGCAGAUCCAGUGCCACGUGCCCAUGUUCGUGUCAACAAAGCUGGCCAAGAUCCGCCGAUCGAGCUUCUUGGUGCCGUCGCCUGCGACGUACGCGCGCGCGUCAGUGGCGCACCUUGGCCACGACACGCUGCUCUCGCCCUAUUGGCCGCAUGCACUGCAGAUUUGGGUGUACGAGAGCGUACCUACGUGGCUAUUGAGCAAGACCGCCAUGACGACGCACCUGUCGUUGCGCAAGCGGGUAACCGUCAUCUCGACAAUCAACGUCUAUGUAACGGCCGUUGCUGUGUUGCCGCCCGAGCCUUUCGGAGGAUCCCUUUGUCCCCAUAGUGUGGGCGGCCAUUCGGAUGGCUCUUCCACACUGAGCAGCACCGCGGGCAGAACAGAAACACUCGCUGUCCUUUUGUUGUCUGACUCGAGACUCGCGUGCGUGCGUGCGAGACAGACCGACAGACAGACGUCGUUGCUCGACCAGUCGAUGGCUCGCUCGCUCGAUUGCCGCCGCGGUCGCCAGCAUCUGUGGUGGUGGGUAAAGUCCGCUGGCGCUCCGCUCUAUUCCUUAUCACCCAUUCUCGCGUCAGACUGGGCAGGCAGUCAAGCGAUCUACGCUCAUUCGAAACGGCGGCACCGAGACCCAUCCCUUUUCUGGAGACGACUCACGACAGUUUCGUUCAUUUGUUCGGUCUUUCUUUCGCUUUUUCUCUCCUGCAACGCCAAAGCAGGUCGUUCGAUGAGCCACCCCCACGUGGCGGCGAGCACCGUCCGCCCGCCUGCUUGUUCGCUUGUUUGCUCGCAGUGUGUACCCUACUCUCUCGGUCCGCAUCUUGGCGAUCGGGCCAAAGCGGUGGUCAAUGCGUGCGGGUCAGAAAGGGCGGGGUUCGAACAGAUCACAGACUCAAGUGUGCGCCAAGAGCUUGGCGCUGGCUCAUUUGUGCGCACUCGAGGCGGUGGCGCGGCUCGUCACUACCGCCCUACAGCACGACGUCACUGCAGUCACUAG